UUCUUUAGCGUUUCUUUUGCGUAGAAAAGAAGGCAAUGAGAGAGAGAGUAAAUUGUUUUAGAAAAAGGCAAAGAUUUAUGUAACGCAAGAAGCUGAAGCCUGUUCCCAAGUCACUCUCUUUGCAACCUCCGAGGAAUUUUGGUAGCAUCCUCUGUGAUAUUUUGUCAUCAGUUUCGGUUUUGGUAGAGAGAGAGACGUGAGUUUCUGGUCCUGUUGCUGUUUUUGUGAGUGUCAGAAAGUUCUUCUCUUUUGUCCAUUGUUGCUUUUGCUUUCUGCUUGGAGAAAUGCUGGUUCGAAGGAGGGUGAUGAGUUGGAGAAGGGUGGCGAAGGCCCUGCAAGCUCUCGUAGCUCAUGCUUUGCUUUUCUCUUUCACUCUUCUCCUUGCUCUCAAGCUUGACCAUUUCCUUCCUGACUCAUGGACAUGGUGGAAAGUAUUUUCUCCUCUAUGGCUUUUUCAUGCUGUGGUGGCACGAGGCAGGUUUUCCUUGCCCGCUCCUUCGAUUCCUCAUGAUCGGCGAUGGGCUCCUUUUCAUUCACUCGUAGCAACUCCACUACUUGUUGCAUUUGAGCUACUUCUUUGUAUACAUCUCGGGAGCAGUUAUGAGAUGAAUUUAAGGAUUGUCUUCAUGCCCCUGGUAUUUUUUGAAAUGGUGGUUUUGUUUGAUAACGUCAGGAUGUGUAGGGCUUUGAUGCCUGGGGAUGAUGAAAAUUUGACUGAUGAAGCAGUAUGGGAAACUCUUCCUCACUUCUGGAUUUCAAUAUCCAUGGUCUUCUUGAUUGCUGCCACAGUGUUCACUCUUCUAAAGAUAUGUGGUGAUGUUGCUGCUCUAGGCUGGUGGGACUUAUUUAUUAACUAUGGGAUUGCACAGUGCUUUGCCUUUCUUGUUUGUACUAAGUGGCACAAUCCAACUAUUCAUGGAGGCUGUCACAUUACAGAACCAUGUUCAUCAUCAAAUACCAUAAGAUACCUUGACAUGAGUAGAGGAGGCUUAGUUAUUUAUGCAGAUGAAGAUAGGCAGCAAAAUGGGUUCUGCAAUCUGCAGGAUAUUGGUGGGCAUAUCAUGAAAAUUCCAUUCAUUGGUUUUCAAAUAAUUCUUUUUAUGCAUUUAGAGGGAACGCCAUCCAGUGCAAAAAAUCUGCAACAUUGGGUCAUUUUUUCACCACUUUUUUUGUUGCAAGGAGCUGGGGUUUUGUUUGCUGCAUAUAGAUUAAUGGAGAAGAUAGUUCUUUUACUCUAUAGUGGAGAUAUUCCUGAAAGAUAUUCCUCUAUAGCAUCAAAAUCUCGUGAGUGCUUUGGGUUCUUUCGACAUGGCUCAAGGUUACUUGGUUGGUGGUCAAUAGAUGAAGGAAGUAAAGAGGAAGAAGCUAGACUUUUUUUUUCUGGGAGUUCUGGGUAUAAUACUUUUACCCCUGAUACAGUGAAGAAAAUGCCUAGAGCAGAUCUGGUUGAGGAGAUUUGGAGAUUACAAGCUGCACUGGGUGAGCAAACAGAAGUUACAAAAUUUAGCCAGGAGGAGUAUGAAAGGCUUCAAAAUGAGAAGAUCUUAUGUAGAAUUUGCUUCGAAGAGCAGAUUAACGUGGUCCUCCUUCCUUGUAGGCAUCACAUUAUUUGCAGCACUUGCUGCGAAAAAUGUAAAAGGUGCCCUGUUUGCCGUGGCACCAUUGAAGAAAGGAUGCCUGUAUAUGAUGUGUAGACUGUAUUGAAGAUGUAUGUAUAGGUAUCUCACUGACCAUCCAGCUUGUGGUUUUAGAAGAAGCAAGCACUGAGAAGUAUCAAUUUCUCUGCUCAUAGAUUUUAUAUGUUGAAGACCAGAAGAUGUAUAUAAUCUCAAACAUUUCUGCCCCCAUAGUGCAUUCUUGCAAUUCUGAACGAAUUGCCAAUAGUUAUGUUGUCUUGAAUUUUGUUACAGAGGAUUAUUCUACACAGAAAAUGCAAGAUGAUUGUUGAA